AUGGAUCCUAAUGGUGGAGGUGGUGAUGGAGUUGUUGUACUACCUCCUCCCUCUAGUGUGUCUUCUGCUACUUCAUUGUCAUCAUCAGUGACAUCACCACAACUAGUUGGGUCAAAGAGUCAUGUCAAAGAACUAAAGAGAUUGUUCGAGUCGAAAAAGGUUGUAGUAUUAGAUAAACUUAGUAGUUUAAAACAUAAUAAUAAAUUCAACUCUUCUUCUUCUUCUUCUUCUUCUCAUAGUAAUAGUAAUAGUAAUAAUAAUAAUGUUAAAAAGCAACAGUCGUCUGCUGCUACUCCAACAACUAUACCUAUCACAACAGCAUCACUACAUCCUCCUCAUCCUCCUUUAUCAUCAAAAUCAAUUGAUGUUAGUAGCAAGGAAACAAGUAAAACUAUUACACCAACUACAACAACAUCAAAACUAAUACAAAAUGUAGUUGUAGUACAGCCACAACAACCUACUACUACUGUUAAAGAAAGUGCUGAUCAACAGAAAUCAGUGAUCAUUUUAGACAAGGAAUAUAAAGAUGAUGAUUUUGAAUUAUCAGCAAGUGAUAGAAAAUAUUAUUUUUAUGUAAAUGAAGCUAUUAGAAGUAUGUUAGAAGAUAAUGAAAACCAACCAAUUAUUCCAUCACUUGCAAUUAGAAGGAAAUCAUUGGAUUUGACCAAUUCACCAAUCAAAGGAUCACUCUAUGCUAGUAAAUAUCAACAUACUUAUUCACCGACUACUAGAACAUUGCAAUUAUCGAGAACACCAACAUCAUCACUGAAAUCAAACUCUACAACACCAACCAAACCUUCUUCUUUGGGCAAUCAUCAUCCAUCGUCACCUUAUACUGGUGACAAUAAUUUGAGUCUACAAUUACACAAGUAUCAACCAGAUACAUCAUGGAUUAAAUCAAAAGAGGAACCGACACUAAAGACAUCAAUGUCGACAUUGACUAGUGCCAUGACCGAUGAUCAUAUGAGUCAACCAAAAUCAAAGACUGGGUAUGGAACCAUUGGACAUCAUGGAAAAAAGACAAGUACUAGUUUUUUGAAUAUUGGUCAAACUAGAGAAAUUGUAUUUAAUCCUUUAAAUAAUAAUAAUAAUAAUAGUACAACCAUUAGUUAUGGAGAAUCUCCCACAAAGCCAUCAUUGGAUGAUAUUCAAUUUAGAAAAUUGUCAAUUACAAAGAGUAGUUUUGAAUUGAAUAAUAAUAAUAAUAAUUAUGAUUUUAAAUCAGUAUCUUCACCAUCAUCACCAACCAAUUCAUUCCUACUCAAAUCAAAGGAAGAACCUACGCCAAAGAAAUCAUCACAUUUUUCGAAAAAGGAGGAAAAGAAGGAAAAGGAAAAGGAAAGGGAAAAGGAAAAGGCAAAACAAAAGUCAUUUUUGAGUGUAUCACCGACACUGUCAUCUACAUCAUCGUCGUCACUUGAAAAGACGAUUGCGGAAAAAGAGGAAAAGGGAUCAUCGUCGAAGUUAUUUUCAUGGGUGUCGUUGCGUAGAAUCAAGAGAUCCAAUACAACGGAAAUACAACCAAACCUUGCAUUGUUGUCAAAGUCUACUGGUGGCACAAAAAAGGAGUUGGGCAAGGUAUCGAUAUCAAGUCCUCUAACAGUCUCUAGUCGACUAUCUCCUCGUGACCACCACAAUGAUGAUAAUGAUAAUGAUGACGAUGCCAACGAUCAUGAAGUCGAUCUUAUCAAUCAUCCACCUCAUAUUUUAAUCAAUGAUAAUGCAACAAGACUAUCACCAAUUAUUAAUUCCCCUUCAUCACCAAAUACAACGACAACUAGUACUACCAAUACAACGACCAAUACUACACCGCCUCCAACUCAUCAUCAUGAUGAUAAUGACCGUUCCUCUUCUAGUAGUAAAAAGAAAUCAUUUAUUUCACAUUCAAUUAUGAUAUUUAAAAAGGAUAUGAGUGAUGGUAAAUCUUCAUAUUCACAACCAUCGUCACCAACUGGAUCAGCACCAACACUAGAAGAUGGAUCACCCAAACGAUUCAUGUCUAUUGCAUCGACUAUGCAAAAGGGUAAAUCCAACCAACCAUUAUCCUCUUCUCCCAACAGCAACAAUAAUAAUAGCUAUUCAACACUAUCAGCACCAGCUUCACCAAGUCAUUCUUCUAAAAAUCAACAACAUCCUAUUUCUUCAUCUUCAAAUAUAACUAUUUCAACAACUACUGCAAGACAAAUAUCAUUAUCAGAGGAUACUAUAAUGACAGGACAAGAUAAUCAUCAUAAUAAUCAAUUGGACAAGGAUAGUACAAAUGAUGAUAAUAUUUCGUCAUCAUUACCACAUUCAACAUCAUCAUUAUUAAAACCAACCAAUUUAAGAGUAGAACAAUUAGUUGCCAAUACACGUGUUGGUAGAUCAUCUUCGGUUGGUAGUUUGGUAGAAACUCCAAGAUUUGAUGUUGCUGAUAUUCCACCCCUCAAAGUACAUGUUGCAUCUUUAGAGGAAUGUUUAGAACAAUUCCAGAAACCAUGGCAUCCAAUUCAUGGAGGUGGAGGAGGUAGAUGUUUUAUUUUAGAUCUUGCCAAUUGUUCAUUGGGUAAUGAAGGUCUUGAACAAAUCAAUCAAGAGUGUCCUGGUGGAUUAGAGGUUGCCGAUCUUUCAUGGAACGAUAUUAGCGAUCAAGCAUUUGAAGAGUUUGGAGAGAUGUUGCGUCGUACGCAGUCGCUCAUCACAUCGCUGUCAAUGCAAGGUAACCAAAUAUCUCCCACAUCGGUUCAGAAUUUCCUCGAUUCUGUCGGGCAGAUUGACAAGGAAAAGAAGGGAUACUAUGGAUUUGGAUUCAACCUCAAAGAGACGGGUAUCGAGAAUGAAGGUGCAGAGUACUUGGCCAAUUAUAUCGGUGCCAACCGUACACCCGCCAUUGUCGGUUUGAAUUUGACGUGUGCGUCAGUCACUGAUGUCGGCAUGACACACUUUUCAGGUGCACUCGUUCGAAACAGCCAUCUUACGACACUCAUUCUCGACGAAAACUAUCUCGGUGACGACGGUGCCGUUCUUUUGGCCGAGGGUCUUAAAUUCAACAAGACCCUUACUCAUCUCCAAAUGAGAAACACUGAUAUUGGUGAAAACGGGUCGAUCGAACUAUCCAACGCAUGUAAAUUUAACACAACCAUCUCACACAUUGAUCUGUCACUCAAUCCAUGGGGACUGGGUGGUGAGAUUGCCCUUCAAUCGCUACUUGUCACCAAACAAAUGUUGGCCCGCACCCGUGGUGUCAAUGUUCCCAAGGUGGUGUGGAAGGAUGAAGGCAUGGACUUUUGGGACGAAGAUGAAACCAAGAGUAUCAUUUCUCACUUUGGCAAGGAAAAGAUUAUAGACUAUUUGGUCAAUGGCUUGACGCUCUCGCCAUUGAUUAGCCAAGAAAAAAUAUUUGAACAUUUCAACAUUGAAACUACUCAUCUUUCUAUUAUAUUCAAACAAAUUGUCAACGUUGACAAUCAUAUCAACGAUAAUCAUCUCAAUGCUCUUAAACUCCUCAUUCAACUUUUACCAACUCAUCUCGAUAAUCAUAUAUUUUUAAAUACUUUUUUAAAUAAUUUACAACCUUUAAUUGCUUUAAUUAAUAGAACAAAUAAGAGAGUUGAUUAUUUAUUAUUAAAUUUAUUAGAAUUCUUUACUUUAUUAACACAAUCAAAUGAUAUAACUUGUUUUGAUAAAUUUAAUGAAUUUUCUUUAUAUUCAAAAUGUUUGGAAUUAUUUUUUGAAUUUCCAUGUAAUAAUAUACUUCAUCAAAAUAUUUUAAAUCUUGUGAUUGCAUCAACCAAACAUAGCAAUUUUAAUCGUUUUGAACAAUCCAUUUAUCGAAUUGACUGGUCGAGUAAACUAGUUGCAUUCUUGACAUUGGAGUCACAAAACGAACCUGGAUGCAGAACACCAAACUAUGGACAUCUUUUGGAAAUAUCAAAAUUGUUGAAAAAUAUUUCCACCUCUCAUCCAUACCUCGCGACCAAGGAAUGGAAGCAAUUCCAAUCAACCAUUUUAGAAAAGGAAAGUCAACUACAAGAAGAAUACCUUUGUGGAUUUGUACCAAAUAGAAAUCAAAAGAUCGAUACUGCAUUACUUGAUAAAUUUGAAAAAGAAUUUAAAAGAAAAAUUGUAUUCAUGAUGGAAAACAUUGAAAUUGAAUUAUUAAUGUAA